AUGGAUGUCAUUUUUGAGCCCCAAAGAGGCGGGCCAUUCUCCAUUGAAGUGGGUUUCUUUGAUACAGUCUCGGAGAUCAAAGAGAAGGUACACAAGUACCAUGGUAUACCUAUAAACAAGCAAACCCUAGUAUUUCAUGGCCAAGUUCUUCAAGAUGAUAAAGAUGUAGAAUAUUGUGAAAUCCUUCAAAACUCUCGCAUUCAACUCCUUGUAACCCCUGAAACCGAUCAAAAACCUCAAGUCAAUGUUGAACAAAGCUCACACUCCAAGAAAGUUCUGCUGCGUAUCAAGAUUCCAUCAAACCAAACGCUUGUCCCUCUUGAAAUGGAUAUGAGCGAUACUGUGCUACAUCUAAAAGAAAAGAUUCAUUUGAUAGAGCCAGUUCCAGUGAAAAGAUUAGUGCUACAAUCGAAUGGUGUGGAGUUGCAAGAUCAUCAGUCUUUACAUGAAUGUGAGUUGAAGUAUAAUAGUGAGAUUAGCGUCAACGUAAAGCCAUCACCAUCUGGCUCAGGAUCAAAAGGGGGCUCUACAGGUCUCAAGAAACUGAGGGUGAUUGUUGUGACCAAGUGUGGCACUAAGAAGAUUCCUAUCGAAGUGAAUCCAUUGGAUAAUGUUGGAGAGAUUAGAAAAGAGCUGCAAGAUUUGCAACAGGAAUAUCAAUUCCAUCUUCCACAAGAAGGGUAUUUUUUCAUACAUAAACAGAAUGUUAUGGACGAUGAUCGAUCGUUUCGGUGGAACCAUGUUAAACAGGGCGAUACAAUUGAGAUCUUCAAUGGAACUGUAACCAGUGGAUCUUAG